ACUUACGAUUUUGUUUUGACUUUUAUUUCAUUAAUUCAUUGAUUUGUAAAUCCAAUGAAAAUAAUGUUUGUCUCAAAACUAUUGAAGUUAUGUUUGAUAGCAGUAGUCAUAGCACUCAUUGACAACAACUGUUUCUGUGAUACGAUAGCCUCUGAUGAUGGGAACAGCACUUCCAGUACUUCCAACACAUCGCACACCAUGAAAGACAAGCCGUAUGUCCACAGAAUCCAAAUGACUAAUGGAUUUGUUAUGAGAUCUCUGUUUGUGGUUAUGGUCAUAUCGAUGUCGGUGUCAUUGGUUUGCAUUCUUCGGGUGUAUUGUUCGGGCAAACGAUGCAAACGAAUGAAGACAUCGAAAGAGUGUCUCAAUUAUGACUCAUUGCCCACGACUGCCAUCAAUGAGUCGCUCCCGAAGAAUGCGUUCGUUCUCAACGAUUCCGACGACGAAGAGGUCUCACUGUACGACUCGAGUCACCAUCUGAUCAAAUGAGUGUCCAAUCCAUCCAAUGAUCUCAACAUAACUCUUGUCUUAAUACUAAUAUUUAGUCAUUAUUUUUGAUACAUU